AUGUUGUUGUGCCACACAAAUGGGGUUCCCUGCGUGAGCACUCCGUUACACAGUGCACACGAGAUAGCAUCCGUAUGUGUGCUAUUGCGUCCUUGCAUCAACCCAGCUGCGCGGUUUAGCGUCACUGAAAAGAUCGCCCAGGCUCCUGUAGAAUGUGGACUGGUCCCCCCGCUUCGCCUUGAUCUGAUGCAUACACCUUGGUGUUGGCACCGCUGCCAUCCCAUUAACGGUGCCACCAACAACAACAAAAAAGAAAACGAAGGAAAGGGGGAUGACUGCUGUGCUGAAGAGAGAGGUUGCAACUGGCUUCUCCCUAUGGGGCCAUGCGGGCACGCCGAAACAGACAUAUACACAUACACAUGUACCGGCAUAUGCUACCCCUUUGUCUUUCUCUCUCUCUCUGUUUGCAUCGCAACCUGCGAUUAA